AUGCAGUUCCACACAGCAGAGCUAUACCUUACCCAAAUCAGCCUCUUUGACCGGAAAACACCGCAUGACUCGGUGUUCUGGUCGUCGCUCCGCAUCGAAGCACUAUCAAUGGGACUUGUGGCAGCAAGGCAGCUCCUUCAAUUCUAUCUCGCGCUCCCGUUGCGUUCUGAGACUGUCUUCAAUAAUACGCAGUGCGUGCAAGUAGGAUUUUGCUUGACCCUAGCUGUAAAGCUCUCUGUCGCCGCGUUAGAUUCUUCGAUUGAUCACCAAGUAGGAAAACUUAGAGACUCACUAAAUAUGUCUCUGAUAUUCAAGCAAGUUAUCCUACGCAUCCAAGCCUUGGUCACGCCCCUGGUGGACGCGCGAGGCGAAAGAGAUGCAUUCUAUCACUUUGAGAAUCGCCUUAAGCACUUACAAUGGUGGUAUGAAACUCAGAUGACGCAGAUUCCCGUGCAGCGCCAACAUUAUGCUUCUCCAAAAACAAUGGCGCAUAACACCCUUUCCACCGCGGAACUAUCUUCAGCUUCGACAGAGGAUUUGCAAGCCCAGUGGCCUAGUCUGUUGCCGGAUGCAACAAUUGAUGAUCUGUUCAACGAGUGGAAUCCCGACGCAGGUAUUUAUUUUGGCUUUGAGUAA